GCGAAUGUGUAGCUCAUUCAUGUUGGGAAUAUCUUGGGAAUGUUUAACAGGAAUAUUUGUAGUUUGUACUUGAAGUCACAAGUAUGCUCAUUAAUGCAUUUGUAUAAAAGAUUAUAGCUGACGAACCCUGAAGUUAUUCUGGGGGAAAAUGUAGUUAAUGUAUAGCUCGCUUCUGUGUCAGUUAGUAUUCUUAGAAGCGCAUGACACAUUAUGACUUUGAACAGGUGACGCGCGAACCAUCAACAAUGUUUUGGAUUUCAUACUUCAUCAGAUUUUCCAUUUCUCUCACUGAAGAUUUAACACACCAUUUACAUUUGUUAUGUAUGUAUGUUCCCUGGAAGUAUAUAAUUACUUCUUGAAAUGACAUGUGGGAGAUGUAGUUCUCCGUCGCAUGUUUGUAGUCGUUACGAGUACUCUGUGUGGCAUCUAAAUAUACAAUAAUCAUUGUGGCUUUAAGCAGGUGGACAAAAUCAUUCUUGAGUUCUUCUUAAUCCAUUAGUCGUCGGUUACCCCUGGUGUUUGACUUUAACUGUCAUUCUCGGUCUGGAUAUCUUCACCGUUUCACCCCCCUGAGACUGUACACGUGGCAUUCGCAACAGCUUGAAACCACCCGGAAUCAAGACCUUCGGGUUUUUAGGUCUGCGUGUGAAAUACGUUUGAGUUUGUACAUAUAACAUAUCCCAGUCUACAUCUCAAAACCUAUAGAUUAAACAUUAUAAUGACUAGUGGUAAAGUUUGUGUUAUAUCAACUGAUAUUGGAAAAAAACAACGAUAUCUCACAUUCACAUACAGCCACACAGGAAUAUCAGCGUGGUCCAAUUUUCAGCAUCAAAAAGCAAUAGAAAUUUGAACGGUUUCAGUUACGUCUACCAUUAUAAUGCAUCAGCCAUUUACCAUUAAAACCCUUAGGAAAUGGUCUUUACAGACCAUUACUGUGAUGCCGUGUGGGUUCAUGUGUGAUGUUGAGAGAUGUUAUCUCACUGUAGCUCUUGAAGAAAAACUACAGGAAACCACAGUUGCAGUAUUUGAUCCCCAACUGCCUGGAUACAUCACCCAAAAAAAAAAGUUCUUUUCUCACCUUUUAGUCGUUCCAAAUCUGUAUACAUUUCUUUGUUCUUCUGAUGAACACAAAGAAAGAUAUUUGGAAGAAUGGUUAUAAGCGAACAGUUCUUGGCCACCAUUGACUCCCAUAGUAGGAAAAAUUACUUGUAUCUUGAGAUAUUAAGGACAACAAACAGUUCUGCGGCACUUUUGACUACCAUUGUCAUUUUCCUACUAUGGUAGUCAAUGGGUCCAAGAACUGUUUGGUUUCAAGCAUUCUUCCAAAUAUCUUUCUCUGUGUUCGACCAAACAAAUAAAUGAAUACAAGUUUGGAACAACUGGAGAGUGAGUAAUUCAAGACAGAGUUUCCAUUUUUGGGGGAAGUAUCACUAUGAUGACUCUGGAGGAGAGCUUCAUGGGCGGAAUGAAAUUUUAUGGAGGGUUAGUUUGCAGUCAGUGACUGUAACAGGAAGGGAGAUCCUUUCCAUUGUAGUCGCUGAAUCACAGACCCUCCCACAACUGCCUGUGCUCAUUUCUGCAACCUUGAACCCAUUACUGGAUACACAUUCUAUGAAUUCUUCAUAGAAGGUUAAUCCGUGCGAGUGGUGUUUAAUGUUGAAACUGGUGAUCCAUUGAGCUAUGAAUGUUUGCGAAUGUACUUGUUAUGGAUAGAGUGAGCAGAACGGCUUCUUCGAGCUUUAUUCUAAUGUUGACUUGUUUGUUGGACAUUUCUCUUUUUUGCAGAUAUUACCCUACUCUACCCUAUUUAAUACUAGAUUUGUCACUGAUGUAUAGUUAUCAAUAUUAGUAUUGAACAGAAUUACCCAUUCGGAUGAUCAAAUUGUGGAUGGUUUCGUUCCGUGUCAGUCAGAUCCUGAGCUCUACAUGCGUGUCUAUACAGCUAUUGCAGUUCUGUCGUACUCGUUAUCACAGUCAUUAUAUCAUUCAUAAUUAUAAGUUAUGAAUCAGGCAAGCAUCACUUUGCCUACAGAAGAAAGUGUUUUCGUGGAGUCGGAAACACUCCCAACAUCUCAACCGGUGGCCUGGAUCCUCACUAACACAAGCCAGAUGUUGUGUGUGACGGAUAGAUUCCCUUCCCCCUGCUGUUGUAAUGCAAACAGUUCAGCCACACCCUCAGAAACACCUACGUUCGGCUGAUGCAUGUGCUCCUUAACUCAGUGUUUGUCUGUCGGAGAAUACAGCGGAUUAAAGGCGGCGCUCCUGCAGGGAAUGUAAAGUCUGCUCUGCACUGGACGAAAAGGAAGGAUAACAGAUGCAUGUGAGGCGUUUGUAAGGCAGCCGUCUCAGGAUGACGAGCGCAGGAGAAAGCGUCCAUGUGUGAUGUUCCACCUCUCUCCUGCGCGCUGCGGGGCUGGUAUGAAUAAAGUCAUGCUGUGGUCGGAGGAGACGGUCUCUGUCUGGCUGACGGAUCAGGGCUUGCAGGAAUACGCUGAACCUUUGAGGAACUGUGACGGAGCGGCUUUGCUAAAUCUCACCGCAGAUGAUUUCCAGAGACCCCCGCUCUCCAGGGUCACGUCGGACGGCGGCAGGCACCUCCUGGAAAAGAUGGAGACGCUCAAGAUGGAACAUCAAAUCGACGCGCACAAGAACGGACACGCCAACGUGCACGUGGUCAUGAGUCAUGAUGGGAACGCCGGCAAGGUUUUGAGGAACGGUGCUGCAAACGGCUUCCAUAAAGAGCUGGUGAAGAUCACCAUACCUGAAGCCACUUCUCCUCAGUUCCCCGCUGAGUGGGGGAAGACGGCGGUGGCCCUCGUGUACGCUUUAUUCUGCUUCGUGAUGACCACCGUCAUCAUUUCGGUGGUCCACGAGCGCGUGCCUCCUAAGGAGGAAACUCCGCCGCUCCCUGACAAGUUCUUUGACAUUUUUGAGCGAGUGGAGUGGGCCUUCACCGUGUGUGAGAUAAACGGAAUUAUUCUGAUUAUCCUGUGGAUUAUACAGUGGAGUCUCCUGAAACACAAGUCAAUCGUGGGUCGGCGUUUUUGCUUCAUCGUGGGGACGCUGUACCUGUACAGAUGCAUCACCAUGUACGUCACGACUCUUCCAGUGCCCGGCCUGCACUUCAGAUGCUCUCCUAAGGUGCAUGGCGACUGGGAGUCUCAGAUGCGACGGGUGAUGAAGAUGAUCGCUGGAGGGGGUUUGACCAUCACCGGCUCUCAUAACCUGUGUGGAGAUUACCUGUACAGCGGUCACACGGUCAUGCUGACACUGACCUAUCUCUUCAUGAAAGAGUAUUCUCCCAGAAGGUUUUGGUGGUACCAGUGGGGCUGCUGGACUCUGUCUGCGGUGGGAGUGUUUUGCAUUUUGCUCGCUCAUGAUCACUACACCAUCGAUGUUGUUGUGGCCUACUUCAUCGCCACGCGGCUCUUCUGGUGGUAUCACACUAUGGCCAACCAGCAGGUGCUCAAAGAGUCGGCCCAGACCAACUUUUUUACCCGAGUGUGGUGGUACCGAUUUUUCCAGUACCUGGAGGAGAACGUUCCCGCCGUCGUUCCUCGCAGAUUUGUGAUGUCCUUCUCCUGUAGGUCGCUGCCGUGGGGACACGUGAAGUACACGCGAAUAGACUCAGACUGACUGCGAUCAUGCCAGCGUUUGGAAGAGGCUCUCCACUACUUACGCCCAAAGUGCCAGGAGAUGGUGUCCCGGGCGUCCGCAUGGGACUGAUAUUCAGACCUUGGAACUACGUCUUAGCGUUUAUGGGGACGAGAACAGUUUUGGCUUUAUGAUAACUGUUGACAAGACUCCAGGCCAAACCAGACACGGUCAAGUCAUUGUCGUCUCUCUGGUUGUGUUUCUGGAUAUUGCACAUGGCACAAUGAUGCAUUGCACAACAGCACCAACAAACGGCUGUUCACAACACAACCGAGCCAAAAAUGCCAAGAGUUUUCUGAAUAACUUGAUUAUGUUUAAUCUAAUAAUGUUCUGCCCCGUUUAUAUGCACAAAGAUAUUUUUGUUAACCCAAGUAGAAGGUUACAUUUUUCUACCAGACAACACGUGCUGUCGCAGGAGUAUCAUUUUUUUAUAUCGAGACCUACAGAUGAUGUAUUUUGUUUGAAUAAUCCGAUGUUCCUCAAGUGCCUUACUGAUCAGUUUAAACAGUGUUCAGCUGUUAUCGUGUAUUCGUGGUGUCAGUGUUUGGGACCGCUAGCUGCCAGUGUCGGCAUCUCCAUAUGCUUGAAUCAGAAGUGUCUCUUCAUCAACGAAUGUAAAGAGCCAGUUCUGUUCCACCAACAAAGCUAAUCCACACGUCCUUAACCAUUUCUCACACAUAAGGUGUUUUCAGUGUAUUUAUUUAUGUUUUGACACGUGACCUGAGUUUUGCUGAGUCCGAGAGUUUUGAUUCGUUCACGUGUCUGUGAUUCUCUCACAGGCCAGAACUUACUAUCUGUCCGUCGACUACUAAAUACCACAAGCUGCUAACCAUGAUGUAAUUGGGCCUGUUUCGUUGACCCACAAAAUAAAUGUCAAAUAUUAGCACAACAUGACUUUGUUUCUUUACAAUUGACCUUUUUUAUUUGCAAUGCUUAUCACGUGUAAAGUGUGUGCAUAAUUAUUGAUUUUCUUAACAUAUUUUUUACCAGGCACAUUUUACAGUUCUUCACCACAUCAGUCAAUUCAUCAAUUAAUUGUGUAUAUAAUACUUUAUAAGUGAUAGCAAAGGCUUUGUAUCUAGAAUGAUUGGGUAUUAUUUCUUUUACAGGUAUAAUGAGUCAAAAAAGGCAUUUAAUAUAUACCAAAUAAAUAAUAAAUACUUAAUUUGCUAGCUAUUAUAUAUUACUAAUAAAUGAUUAUAAACAAAAUGUUUAUGUAAAAUGUGCCUGGAAAGAAAUAUGACCAGAAAAUCAACUGUACACUGUACACUAUAUGCCUCAAAUACUGCAAAGUUCAGAUUCACUGUAAGAAAUACAACAGUAAUAUUUCUACAUGUAUUUAGGAAAAGUUCAAACAUUGUUUUUUAUGGAUUUUUCUCAGUUUCCAUGUGUCUUGUCAUGCUGUCAGUCUUUCACAUUGCUGUUGGAUGACUUUGUCACUCAUGAGGUUUGAUUUUAUUAAACUUCAUUAGACACUGGACUGAAAUGGACACAAUACGUCUAGAAAUGCUGAUUAAAUGAAACUUUGGAAUGGUCUCUUAAUUUUUAUUACGGCUGUAUAUAUAUAUACAGUGCCUUGCAAAUAUUCACAUGACAUAUAUUGUAAAACUACUGAAAUUUCAUUCUGUUUGAUAUUUCAUUUUAAAAUACUAAAACUGAAUUACUAUAAAGUGAUGUUGAAUUUAUAUAAAAAAAUAUUUGUGAAAAAUAAAGAAGUGAUGUUGGAAAUUUU